AUGAGCUACGCGUUCCGUCGCGUAUGCCUGCAACUGCCUGCCAGCUUCAGCCCCAAGUAUGGUCCUAUGCGUCAAGCUUUCCGCCCAGCCGGACUCGGCACCGGCACCAAGGCUUCGGUAACAGGACGCGCGUUCCGUCUCUCUGCAAUAUGGCGGGACGAUGCCGAUGAUGCCAAGGCCAAGAAGACGAGCCAACGUGACAUGGACAAGGAGGAGGACAAGGAAAAGUUCGAGCGGGAUGAGCUGAUUGCCCUGAGGAAACAAGAGGAGAGGCCAUGGCACCGAGCCGGUCAUGAGGUCGACCAGCGUGAAUCGUCCAAAGAUCCUACCAACGGUGACAAGACACGAGGACGCCUCCUUACGACACCAACGAGAUUAUUGAAGCUCAUCCUGCCACUACCUUUCCAUGCAGAGCAGUCGCGAAUCAACCAGACGCCCAAGAAAGAUGAAGAAAAGGCCGAUAUUGCCCCCCUCGCUCUGCUUGUUCAUCCCCAGCAGCCACUUUCCUAUCUCGAACGGCUGCUCCAGGCCGAAAUCCCACCCAUUGACGACGGCCGCCGAGAACGGAUCCCGAAAAUAUACUUCCGAGCAGAGGCCGAUCACCAAGAGUCUAAGCCGGACAGGCGCUCAUCGCAGAAGCAGGAGGGUAAUGUUGCCUCGUACUCCGGUCUCGGCCACGAGGGCCCCAAGAGGGACCACGACGACAAGAACUGGGUGCGAUGGAGCGGCAGCACCGAGGUUGGCGACUUCAUCAGGGACGCCGCUCGUGGCCGGGAGUUCUCGAUCGGGAUCGAAGGGUACGAUCAAGAGCUACGCGUAGCGGUGCCGAGUUUCAACGACAGAACAUACUACAUGCGCAUCCGAUUACGCAGAAUGUCUCGCCGCGUGGAAGAACUUGCCAAGAUUAAACAAGAAUGCGACUACCUCGCGCACCGCGGAGCCCAUCGCCUCGCACAGGGCGGUUUUGCCCUGCUUUCGGGCUGGUGGGGAGUGGUGUACUAUGUUACGUUUCAUACUGACUUCGGCUGGGACCUCGUCGAGCCGGUAACGUACCUCGCCGGACUGACGACCAUCAUGGGCGGUUACCUCUGGUUUCUGUAUAUCAGCAAGGAUCUCAGCUACAAGGCAGCGCUGAACAUUACCGUCUCAAAGCGGCAGUCGGCACUUUACCACGAGCGAGGAUUCGACCAGGCGGCAUGGGACGCUCUCGUGCACGAGGCCAACUCGCUGCGUCGCGAGAUCAGAUUUGUAGCGACCGAGUACGACGUCGACUGGGACGAGACCAAAGACCUCGGAGGCGAGGAGGUCCAGGAAGUACUCGACAAGGAGAAGAAGGGUUCGAGACGUAGGGGCGAAGAUGACGACGCUGAGGAAGAAGAACGCGUAGAGCACCAGCGCAAGGACGACAAGAAGACGCCGCAGAAAUCGGAGGAGGGCAUCGACAGCAAUAAGGAAUGA